AUGAUCAAGGUGCCCAAAGCUGGUCGACCACUAGCCAAAUGCCCACAUCCAAAAGGAUCAUGCGAAUGCAAGAAGACCUAUGCGCUGAUGGUCCGAAUCCAAAAAGGAUCCGGCUGUGUAUGUCGCCCACUUUACACAGUGCCUGCAAGCUCCAGUGAUUCCGAUAGAUCGACCCCGGCAUCUGCACCUGCGAUUGCAUCACCGAGCCCCGGCAGGGUCCAGAAAUCCGGAAGAAGGCAAAGCCAUAUGCAAGCAGCCCCCGAAAGUCUUGCGAGGGCUUUGGAUUCAAUGCCCGAUCAAUUCAAGCAAGAGGACGGCAUUUCCUCAACUUACAUGGCAAAUCUACCUAGCCAUCAAUCGUCUAAUAGUAACCAAAAUAGUAGUGCUGGAUCUUGCUGCUCCUCGACCCCUGCAGUGGCUACUCCUAAAUCCACAACGGACCGAUGGAACACGGAAGGUCUGAAAUGGAAGAACCUUCUGCAGAUGCAGGAUGGUAAAGCUUGGCCAACCCCAUCGGCUUCUACGUCAGGCCCGUACAUGUCGUUUGGUAUAAGCAGUACAAGUCACCCAGCCUACAUGAACAAUUACAAUGCCACAACCUCGAUGCCUGCGACCCCAUUUCCUGGCCUGGUCAAUGGCCUGGGAAUAUCAGAUCCUGCCAUGAACCCGUUUACUACGUCAUCUUCGAACUCUUCAUUUGAUCCUGCAAGCCUGUUCAACGGCGAAGGGUGCGGAACGGAAUGCCAAUGUGGUGACGACUGUCAAUGUCUCGGCUGUUCAGCACAUCCAUUCAACGAUGCCACGAGAGAACGCGUACAAGAAAUGGGCGUGUUGAUGAUCGACGGGCAAGGCCCAAGCCCGACCCCUCCGGCCUGGCCGCCAGUCUACUCAGGCGAAUAUUUCUCACCCGUCAAUGAGGUGCCUCCAAACUUCUACCAACCUAACCCAUACAUCGACCAACCCUACGGGAACCCGCAGCCCUCGGUCAACGGUUACUCGCCCUCGAUCGCGGAUGGACCUCAAACCAGCGGCCUAAUGCACCCCGCGGAAUACCAUACUCUCGAAUACCCUGUCGGAAUCUCCUGCUCCGAUGUUACUGGCAGUUGUCAAUGCGGCAGCGAUUGCAGCUGUAUCGGCUGCUUGACACACACAGGCCAUGUUGGCUCAGAUGCAAAGACUCCUUUCGAAGAGCUGGCCCAGCAACCCGACCAACAAGACCCAGCUCCUGCUUCAUGCUGUGGUCCGCCGUCAACCCGGGGCCCCGCUCCCUUUACGUCCAUGAUAUAA